CCGUCUUGUGCACUUUGGCCAUGUCUACUGGCUACAAGACCCUCCACGGAUCCCUGGUGUCACUUGUACACAAAGCAGAAGGAACCAUAGGUGAAACUCGCCCUCGGUCAAUAUUAUCUUUGACUGGAAGAGCCAUGUACAAUGAAACUCUUCAAGAUCCAAACUCUGGAACGUACCAGUCUUGUCUCGCAAGGCCAUGUCACUACUCGUCAUCCGGUCAAAGACCAGGCCCUGUUUACUGAGACAAGAGCUGUCAAAAUGACGGUCGAUGACUGCGAUUGCUAGAAUCCCCAGCCUUCUGCUCAUGUCUAUGCAGCAAUCAAGAAAGGCUAUAUCACCCCUGGCCACCUCGCCUUGAGACCAUCAGCCACCGUUCUCGUAUCAAUCAUCAGCCAUGGCCAGCAAUCCCUCCGACGGCACCACCAAAGCUUCAGCAAACCACAAGGUCAAUCCCAGAGUCACUUCACGCAUCGAGGACAUCGACCUGAGCAAGCUUGAAAGCGAUGGCACAAAUCAACAACCCGAUCUACCUGAUCCAUCUCCUCUACCUGCCACUCGCGGAUUGGCACGAUUGAUGGGAAGAACUUUCCUGACCCACCUGACCCGCGAAUUCAACAAUGGUCGCCACGUUGCCGCAUUAGGCUAUUGGCCCAGACCCGUCGGCAAACCCCCCUCUGGCUAUACCAUCUACUUUGUCAACAGAGGCACCGGCACUGGCAUUAGAGUCAUGAUCUUCGGUCACCCAAACGGACCUACCGAUUCCUUAGCUCACUUUGUCGAGCAUGUUGUCAGCAUCAUUCAGUGUGAUCUGGCCAACUGUGCUUGCCCACUUUGCAUCGGUCCUUGCAGACAGUUCGAUCUGAACGCUGUAGCUGUUGUACUAGCCUCGACCUAAAGCGGUUCUAGCAGGCUAUGCAUGGGGAGGAAAACAUGAAGUGGGCAGAGACAGCGAUGGAGUGGAACACAAGUGGGUGUUACUGUGGUCGAAAAGUCGAUUUGAAGCAGGAUGGCAAUGACAGUGGAAUGGCAGACAUGGGGUUGGUCAUUUUUUGGGUCGUCUCUGGCAAAACGUAAUGGGGGAACAAGACUCUCUCUCACAGCCUCUUCUACAAGCGCUUACAAGCAUAAAUUGAGACCUCAAGAUGAUUUCAAACAGCCUA